AUGAGAAUAAGGUUGCACACGAUUUCAGGAAUAGUUAACUCAUGCAGUACUGCGUCGUUAAACGUUAUCGAUUAUUGGAAAAAUUAUAUUGUUAUCGAAUUCAUAGGAAAAAUGAUCAGGUGCUUUUUGGUGAGAAAUCGUGCUGCUUUAAAAGCCGAUUUUUUCCAAUUACGUACCACAUCCCUCGAAGCUUCUACCGUUGCUGAAUCUACCCCGUUCGGAGCCGAAAACUUUUGCGUGCAUUUUCACUAUUCCAAUAAGCUCACACGGAGUUCCAACGACAUGAGCACAUCGAAGUUGAAGAAUGCGCACAUGGAAAACAAAAUUCUAAACUUCUCAUUGAAAUACUAUAAAAAGAUUCAGCAGGGGCCCUCGAAAAAGCUCAAAACGGUUACGCCCUUGAACGUUUUCAUGUUGUCAUCUAUUUUGUCAUACGGAGCUACUUAUGGAAAAUUGAUAAAAAGAUUCUUCUCUUGUAGUGUUGGCAUUCCACUUAGCGACCCCAUUAACAACAGAUGGUUCACUCCUUUUCAAGAUUUCUUUUAUCUCCUAAGGGCCUGCGGCUUUACCUUAUCGACGGAAAUUAAGCAUACUUAUAAAUACAGGCCAAGCACAUCAUUUAAAAAGCUUCAGGACAUGUUUAUGAUAAUUUUCAACGAAAUCACCCCAAUCGAUGAAGAGGAAGAAAGUGCAGUUAGCAUUCACAGCAAAUUGCUCUUCAGAGCAAUUUGGCGAGACCCGUUUGACCCGAAUAACACAAAGUUGCGGAAAUUUUAUCUGGGUAAGGAUGAAACCCAAACAAUAAACGUAUCAAUGAUGAGUAGAGAUGGUUUAUAUCGCGAGGGUGAACUCGACGAUUUGAACGCACGAUUCAUUGAAAUUCCUUUGAAGCACGAACUUGGCGAUUAUGGUAUCUCAAUGUUCGUAAUAAUAAUGAAAAAGGAAUACCCUAACGACGAGCAGAUUUUUUUACGAACAAUAAUUUCCACCAUGGAUUUGAAGAUGCUAUAUUCGAGCCUCGCUGAGCCGAGCCUAAUCAGAGUGAUUCUUCCAAAAUUGUCGGGCGAAUUACUAUGGCGUCAAGUUGAUUUUGGCGAAUUUUACGAGAAUGCUAAGCAAUCAUGCCGCCCUAGUUCGUGGAAGUUAUCUUCAUUUCCAUCGGAUGCAGGCUCCUUCGAGAAACUGUUUUCACAAAAGAUGACCAUGCGCACUUCAAUGUCAGUUUCGGCUGUCAUCGACGAGACGGGCAUCAUUGAUUCAGGACUUGGGAAGAAACGAACUGUAGCGAGGUCUCGAGCCGAUGUUGAAGCGGCCCCCGCCGCGGCUGCAGCCGAUCCAACACCACCGGUGUUUCGGGUGGACCGUCCUUACGUCAUGACGAUCAUCGCGAAAACGAUUGACUCAGACCCCAUUCCUUUAUUGACUAUGCAAAUAACUGGCGAUUUUUUUUACAGCAUCGACGAGUUCAUCGUACUUAAUAAUGAAUUUCUACGAAGAAUUUGUUAUUACGCGACCAGUAUUCGGUACGCGAGUGCGCCUUAGUGAGCCGUGACAUAGUGACCGUUACCAAGGGCCUGUUAUACGUGU